AAAAAAAUUUUGGAAGACAGCAAUUUUUUUUUUGAAAGGUAGUGAAAAAGGUAGUGAUUUUCGGUCAAAAAAUUCCGGUAGACACCCUGUCAAGUGCAAAAUAAAUUUGUUUUAUUUUAAAAUUCAAAUUUUUCCGUAUCGAUUUUUGAAUCCGCUGAAAAAAUUAAAUUAGAAAUAUGUGGCUGUCCUUCUGUAUUAAUGUAGAUUUCACACAGAAAAAUUGAGUUUAUCUUCAGUUACACAGGAAGACUUCCAUAAACAGAGUUUUAAAUUUAUGCAAGAAAUCAUCUCGAUACAUAUCGGUCAAGCUGGAAUUCAAGUUGGGAGUGCUUGCUGGGAGUUGUAUUGUAUAGAACACGGAUUAUGGCCAGAUGGUUUUAAAAACGACGUGCCCGAGUUUUGCCCACCUCGGGAAAUUUCGUUCGGGUCAUUUUUCGAAGAGACAGAUUUUGGAAGAUUUGUUCCCCGAGCGGUGUUAGUUGAUUUGGAACCUCUGGUUAUAGAUGAAAUCCGAAACAAUCAGUACAAAUGGUUAUUUAGACCUAGUAGUUUAGUUUCGGGUAAAGAAGACGCAGCAAACAAUUAUGCCCGCGGAUAUUAUACCAUUGGUCGGGAAGUCAUCAAGACCGUUUCAGAAGCUAUUAGACGAGAGUGUAAUUUAUGUGAUAGUUUGGAGGGAUUCAUGUUUUUCCAUUCAAUGGGCGGUGGUACAGGUUCCGGCUUAACAACACUGAUUUUAGAAACAUUGAACGAAGAUUAUGUUAAGAAAAAACAUCUUGAAUUCGUGAUUUAUCCAUCACCUCGAUUAUCAACCGCUACUGUCGAACCUUAUAAUGCGAUACUUUCAACCAACGGUAGCAUAGAUUUGACCGAUUGCGUGUUUUUGAUGGAUAACGAGGCUUUAUACGAUAUAUGCUCUUUGAAAUUGGACGUCGAAGACCCCACAUACGUGAAUUUAAAUCGAAUUUUAGCUCAAGUAGUAUCGUCGCUUACAGCAGCGUUGAGAUUUGAUGGGUCUAUAAAUGUGGAGUUAUCAGAAUUUCAAACUAAUUUAGUACCAUUUCCGAGAAUACACUUUCCUUUGAUCACAUAUGCUCCGUUCCUUAGCUCGUAUAAAGCUACGCAUAGCCGGACUACUAUUUCACAAGUGACUAGAGCAUGUUUCGAACAAUCCAAUCAGCUACUGAAAUGCGACCCUACGCGGGGAAAAUAUAUGGCGUGUGUUCUUCUUUAUCGUGGUGUAAUUCCACCUAAUGAUAUCAAUAAAUCUUUAAGGAUCAUCAAGCAAAGUAAAAUUCCUUUUGUAAAUUGGUGUCCGACCGGGUUCAAAGUCGGUAUUAAUUUUCAACCGCCAGCCAAUUUCCCAGAUCACACCAUGGCGUCAUCUCAUUUGGCUCUGUGUAAUGUUGCCAAUACAACAGCUAUAUCGGAAGCGUGGGCUAGAAUUGAUUACAAAUUUGACUUGAUGUUUUCCAAAAGGUGUUUCGUUCAUUGGUAUUUAGGCGAAGGUAUGGAUGAGCAAGAAUUCAUGGAUGCCAGAGAAAAUCUCGCCGCUCUAGAAAAGGAUUAUUACGAAUGCGUCUCUGAAAAUGUCUCCGAUGGAUCAACUAUUUCGCCUUUAACCACCAAAGGUACAACCGCUACCGAACGAAAGCAAUCCAUUGGAUCAACCUCUCGUAGACCUCCAUCUCCAUCGAGAGCGGCUUCUCCGAGAGCAUCUUCUCCUAGAGCAAAAACUGUUCCUGCAUCUACUCGUCGAUGAUUUUUUUUUUUUGUUUUAAUAUCGAAAAUGAAUUCCAGCCUGAAAAAAUGUGUGGCUUCCCCCAACAUUUCAAAAUUCUAUGUCUAUUCUGAUAUGUGUACUUUGACUUAUUACCUGGAUUGUAUCACAAAGUUUUUCUCUUACGUGUACUGAAACUCUGGAAUAAACAUUUGCUUUCCUCCUACAA